AUGCUUGGUACAGUAGUUUUUAAACCAUUAGCUAAACGAUUUCGUGUACAAUCAUUUCUGCCAGUAGUUAUUAUGGUAACUGUAUUUUCAUUCUGUAUGUUAGCCAUUGUUCCAAAUGUUCAACCGGUAGUUCUUGGUAGUUUUUGUCUAUAUGAAUUUUGUGUGGGUAUUUAUUUGCCAUCUAUAAGUUUAUUAAGAAGUCAAUAUUUGCCAGAUUCAGUUCGAGCAACAUUAAUGAACUAUUUUCGUGUACCUCGAGUUGCGUUAAUGUUUAUAGUUAUAAUUUGGCAUCUUCCACUUGUAGUUAUAUUUACUUUCUGUGGUUUAAUGUCAGUUUUGACAUUUGUGUGUUUGUUGAUAUUACGCAGUAUGAAACCACUAGAAGAAUAUGUCGAGCCAAGUGAGAAAGUUGUUUUAUUACCUGAAACACCAUCGUAUGAUCUUAAACUGAAACAACUUCAGCCAACAUCAGAAUAUUCUGGUGGAAUCGAUAAUAAAAGUACAUCACUAAAUAUAGACAAUGAAUAA